AUGUGGGGGAGCUCCUUUACGUCAUGGGUCAUGUUACAGGUUUAUCAGAGCAGCAACAGAAAUUGGGCUUUACGAGAAAGAAAAAAAACAGGAUCCAUGUGUGUGCACAUUCCUGGCGGAUGCCGUUCAUUUCUGUAUAGUAUCUGCUGGGGAAUAGGGACCCCGGGAGGCUUUCCAGAAAUGUCACGUCCGGCUCAAUCCCUCGUAUCCCCCGGAGCCCAAAACUCCGGACUACAGGGGCAGCCUCUGACUCCAGCUCACGGAAUGUCACUCGAUUGGCUGGCUCCCACGAGAUGGCAAGGGGGGUGGCGGGGUUCAAAGGCUGAUUGCUCGACGAAUCAUGAGUCAUGACAAGCCAUGAUUCAUCGAGCCCACCCUCCAUUGGCCGCCAUGAUAAACCUUGUUUAAACAAGCUGGGGUGCUAGCAGUCUGUUUGGACUCUUGAAGAAAACCGUGCCGGGGGGUGAUAUUUAGGGGGGGCGUUUUAGGAAUUUGGCAGGAUCAAGCGGAAAGAGAGGUGCUAAUCUAUAGUGGUUGGGGGAAAGAAUACCAACUUGCGGUGGUACCCAAUCACGCCCUUCCAGCCAGAAGUGCUUCGGGAAAAAUCUGGGACAAUGAGGUUGGGUCUGGUGUUUAGUGGAACGACUAGGCUUAACAAAGAAACGAUAUGAAACCCUUUGGCGGAAAGUUAUUUGCGGGGGACCCGAGCUGCCCAUGAUAGCCAUCGCUGGGGAUUUAAUCUGCCACUUGGAGGCUCUGGAAGUCUCGAUGAGGUAAGCAGUGAGUGAUAGGUAAUGAUGCCGAUCGCCCCUUUCGCCAGCAGUUUGUGCUUGGCAACAGGUUGGCCAGAUCCAGCUGAACAUGCAAUCUCUCUCGCAUGCUAUCUUGUUCGCUACGAAUGAAGUUCGCAGCUCUCGACCCGUUUGCAUUUUGUAGAACUCCACGAAAGGUUUAUGCUUAAUCAAUGCGUAAUUUUAAACCAA